AUGUCUUGUCCGAGAGAGGAGAUGUGGGCAAGGAGAGGCUCGGUGUCCUCGUCUGUCCGCUGCCGCUCCAGGGCUGCCGAGGAGCCUCUGACUCCCCCACGCCAGCCAAGCGGCGGCGAGGGCGUGAAUGGCACCACUGCGCCCCUCGCCCGCCUGCGGGCGACCCUAUGCGACGCCACGCAGGAGGUGCGCCAGCAGGACUGGGCUCAGGGUGGCGCGAUUCGGGCCGAGACAGGGUGGGAUUCAAGAUAG